AUGAAGCUUACCGAAAUUAGCGAUGCGGUCGAGGCCGAGUCCAUCGAUACCAAGGCCGAGGAAACACCCAAGCCGCCGGCUCCUGCGCCCGCGCCCGUGCCCGCGCCCGCAUCCGCUCCCACAGCCACGGACUCGCCGACCAAUGCUGUCAACCUGGGGCCCACGCCGCCUCCGACGCGCGACAUGAGCGAUAUCCUCCAGGACCUGAACAAGUCGCCCCUCUUCAUGACGGACAUUGAAGACAACGACGACAUGGAGGCGCUCAAGGCGCUCGCGUACGAGGGUACCCCGCUCGAGAACGCGGGCGAGAUGAAGGAGCAGGGCAACGAGGCGUUCAAGGCGAAGCGGUGGGACAUGGCUAGGGACUGCUACGGCAAGGGCAUCAACAUUCUAUGGUACGAGGAGAGGAGGCGCGCCCGGGGCGAGAAGCCGACGCGGCGGGUACCGGCCGAAGGCGAAGAGGAGGAGGAGGAGGACCCCGACGCCGAGGAGACGGUACGGCAGCAACGAGCGCUCCUCGAGACCAUCACUACGCCUCAACCCCGCAACGUCAAGGCGUACUACCGGUCCGCGCGCGCCCUCUUACGCGUCGACCGCAUCGAAGAGGCCGACGACGCCUGCGCCCGUGGUCUGACCGUGGACCCGGCGAACCCGGCCCUCCUCGGGCUCGCCGCCGAGAUUGCCCGCCGCGCCGCGACCGUGCUGGCCAAGAAACGCGCCGACGAGGAGCGCGCGGCGCAGACCCAGCACCGCGCCACCGUGUUAGCGGCGGCGAUUGCGGCGCGCGGGAUCCGCAUGCGCUCUACGCCGAAACCGCCCGACAUGGAGGACGCGCGCGUCAAGCUCGUGCCGGACGAGGACGAUCCGGCCUCGCACCUAUCGUUCCCGGCGCUGCUGCUGUACCCGCUGCACCUCGAGACGGACUUCAUCAAGGAGUUCAACGAGACGCAGACGCUGGCGGAUCACCUCGCCUACGUGUUUCCUUUGCCGUGGGACGCCCGCGGCGAGUACACGGCUCUCGGGGUCGAGUGCUACGUCGAGACGCCCGCGGGCGGCUUGCUCAAGAUGGGCCGGAAGCUGCCCUUGCUCAAGGUGCUCGCCGGCGGCAAGGUCGAGGUCGUGGAUCAGGUUGUCAGGAUUUUUGUCGUGCCCAAGGCGGGGGCGGCGGAUUGGGUGGUCAAGUAUAAGGAGCAGAGGGCCAAGGAGAUGGCUGCCGCGGCGGGCAAGAGGUGA